UGGAGAGGGAGUAGUGAAGAGAAACCACCAUGAAAAAAACCAUGGAGCUCAACAAAAGCACUGUUCCACAACCUAUCACCACCAUAUACCGACUCCACAUGUUCAUCCAUUCUAUAAUCAUGGUUGCAUUAAUAUACUACCGUGUAUCUAAUUUGUUUAAAUUCGAAAACAUUCUGAGUUUUCAAGCCCUUGCUUGGGUACUCAUCACUUUUGGUGAAUUUAGUUUCAUUCUCAAGUGGUUCUUCGGACAAGGAACUCGUUGGCGCCCUGUUGAAAGAGAUGUUUUCCCUGAAAACAUAACUUGCAAAGAUUCCGAUCUACCACCAAUUGACGUAAUGGUAUUCACUGCCAAUCCUAAGAAAGAGCCAAUUGUGGAUGUCAUGAACACUGUGAUAUCCGCAAUGGCUCUUGAUUAUCCUACGGAUAAAUUGGCUGUGUAUCUGGCUGAUGAUGGAGGAUGUCCUUUGUCAUUGUACGCCAUGGAAGAAGCAUGUGUGUUUGCAAAGCUGUGGCUACCUUUCUGUAGGAAGUAUGGAAUUAAAACCAGAUGCCCUAAAGCGUUUUUUUCUCCUUUAGGAGAUGAUGACCGUGUUCUUAAGAAUGAUGAUUUUGAUGCUGAAAUGAAAGAAAUUAAAUUGAAAUAUGAAGUGUUCCAGCAGAAUGUGGAACGUGCUGGUGAAUCUGGAAAAAUCAAUGGUAACGUAGUGCCUGAUAGAGCCUCGUUUAUUAAGGUAAUAAACGACAGAAAAACGGAGAGCGAAAAGAGUGCCGAUGAUUUAACGAAAAUGCCCUUGCUAGUUUAUGUAUCCCGUGAAAGAAGAUUCAACCGUCUUCAUCACUUCAAGGGUGGAUCUGCAAAUGCUCUUCUUCGAGUUUCUGGAAUAAUGAGUAAUGCCCCCUAUAUACUGGUGUUAGAUUGUGAUUUCUUCUGUCAUGAUCCAAUAUCAGCUAGGAAGGCAAUGUGUUUUCAUCUUGAUCCAAAGCUAUCAUCUGAUUUAGCUUAUGUUCAGUUCCCUCAAGUCUUUUACAAUGUCAGCAAGUCCGAUAUUUAUGAUGUCAAAAUUAGACAGGCUUACAAGACAAUAUGGCAUGGAAUGGAUGGUAUCCAAGGCCCAGUGUUAUCAGGAACUGGUUAUUUUCUGAAGAGGAAGGCGUUAUACACGAGUCCAGGAGUAAAGGAGGAGUAUCUUAGUUCACCGGAAAAGCAUUUUGGAAGGAGUAAAAAGUUCCUUGCUUCACUAGAGGAGAAAAAUGGUUAUGUUAAGGCAGAGAAAGUCAUAUCAGAAGAUAUCGUAGAGGAAGCUAAGACCUUAGCUACUUGUGCAUACGAGGAUGGCACACAUUGGGGUCAAGAGAUUGGUUAUUCAUACGAUUGUCAUUUGGAGAGCACUUUUACUGGUUAUCUAUUACACUGCAAAGGGUGGAGAUCGACUUAUUUGUAUCCAGACAGGCCAUCUUUCUUGGGUUGUGCCCCAGUUGAUAUGCAAGGUUUCUCCUCACAGCUCAUAAAAUGGGUUGCUGCACUUACACAAGCUGGUUUAUCACAUCUCAAUCCCAUCACUUAUGGCUUGCGUAGCAGGAUGAAAACUCUCCAAUGCAUGUGCUAUGCCUAUUUGAUAUAUUUCACUCUUUAUUCUUGGGGAAUGGUUCUAUAUGCUAGUAUUCCUUCUAUUGGUCUUUUGUUUGGCUUCCAAGUCUAUCCGGAGGUACAUGAUCCAUGGUUUGCAGUGUAUGUGAUUGCUUUCAUAUCGACAAUUUUGGAGAAUAUGUCGGAGUCAAUUCCAGAAGGGGGAUCAUUUAAAUCGUGGUGGAUGGAAUACAGGGCACUGAUGAUGAUGGGAGUUAGUGCAAUAUGGUUAGGAGGAUUGAAAGCUAUAUUAGACAAGAUAAUCGGAACAGAAGGAGAGAAAUUGUAUUUGUCAGACAAGGCAAUUGACAAGGAAAAGCUCAAGAAAUAUGAGAAGGGGAAAUUUGAUUUCCAAGGAAUAGGGAUACUUGCUGUACCAUUGAUAGCAUUUUCCCUAUUGAACCUGGUAGGCUUCAUUGUUGGAGCUAAUCAUGUCUUUAUUACUAUGAACUACGCAGGUGUGCUUGGCCAACUCCUCGUAUCAUCCUUCUUCGUCUUUGUCGUGGUCACUGUUGUCAUUGAUGUCGUUUCUUUCUUAAAGGUUUCUUAAAACAUUACUAUUAUUAUUAUGUAAUUCUCUAGUAUUUAGACAGACCUACUAUGUUUAUCUCUCUUCAAUAAUAAGGCUUUCCAUCGAAUUAUUCAAUGAAAGAAAAUUCUCUCUUUUUU